UGCAACCCGGUACAUUAAUCCCCUCGCUGCACUCCAGCCUGCUGGAGACAUGAGAUGAUCGUUUGGACGCAGGACAUUUGACUUUCAGAUAGAGAACAGGCUUGUUAGGAGGAUAUACAUACUGGAAGCCAGGAGGCGGCUGAGAUAGGACCGGGCAUGUUCUUGAACACGGCUUCUCCCCGGAGGUCGUUUAGCAUCCCCAUUAACAUCAACCUGCAUGGUGCUCGCAGGCGGCAGACACGGGAGAUCCACCACACAUCCGUGAUGCAGGAGCAGGAGAGGAGCCAAAGAUGCGAUGGAAAUGGUGCGGAGGGACCCCGGAGUCAGAUGCCUACGUCUAGCGUCGGGGAAGACCGAGCCAUCUUGCUGGGCUUCGCCAUGAUUGCCUUCUCUGUGCUCAUGUUCUUUGUGGUCGGCAUUACUACAGUCAAACCUUACAUUGACAGUUGCUGGGAGGAGGCCAGCUGUGUCCUGCCUCAGACAGAAAUCCUAGAUGAGUGGGUGGACUGCAGGGGGGUGAGCACGGUGCCCUGCCUAACAGUGACAGUCAGCGUCACUGGCUCCAACGAGUCGGCCUUUCUCCAGUUGGAUGAGGAUUCUGUCUUUCUUCCAAAUGAGUGUUUCUACCUCCCCAAAUGCCAAAUGGACCGAAAAGGGCUUCAAGAUGAGGUGCAGAAAGUAAAGCAAUGGCUGGACAGUCAGCUAAAGAACAGCUCCUUGUGCUUCAGUGACCAAAGAGGCCACCCCGACCACGUCAUCUUGAGCAGGAAGUACACCCUGAGGAGGGUGCUGUUUGGACUGCUGUGGCCCUGUCUGAUGCUGGGGGGUGGGUCUCUACUGGUGGGGCUUGUGAAGCUGACACAGUGCCUAGCCCGCCUGUCCACCAAUGUGAGCAGUUAUCCAGCAGGAGGAAGGCGGACUUCGAGAUAUAGUCAGGGUAAAAUCUAUCGGCUCCUCCAGAGGUCAGGCACGCAAUCUCCUUCGUGACUUAUUCCAUCCUGCAACAUGGGACUGAUACCAGCUGGUAUUGAGGAGGUGAGACAUUUUAGGGACUCCAAAUUCAAAACAUUCACAAUUUAUGUCUCUGGAUAUCCACAUAUUUCCAAAUCCUGUUGCACAACACGCUAAGACAACAAGGCCAGAACUAACCUGAGGUCAGUGGCAUUGUGGUUAACUGAGCCCGGUCCAGUCCGAUCCGACUCAUGGGAGAGAAAAAUGACUGACCUCUCAUGUUUAAGCAUUCUGGUAAUGUUUGGUCUCUUUACAUUUAGAUGGUUUUUGGGUCUCAUUAAUGGCCUUCAUUAGCGGAGCUCCAGUUAUUAUCUUUUAAGGCCAGGUUAUCUGUUAAGAAAUUUCACAUUUUAGUAAUUCCAUUCAGUCUAAUGGAACCUGAUAGAAAUAAAAACAAGGAGCUGCCUUUGUAAUUAUUGACUUUUAUGUCCUUAUCAAGUAUUCUUUUGUAUUACAAACUUUAAUAAUCUACGUUACCUAUUAUUUGUACUAAUAUACUGGAAAUAUAAUCUUUGUAAAACAACAUAAUGGGCCUCAGCCAAAGUAAAAUCAUGGCUGCAAAUUUUUGUAGAGGAACAAAACCAUAAUUUUCCCCGUAAAGUGGUAUGAGUUAUGGUCAUAAUGCUCAUUAUAGUUAGUUUAUCUCACAGAAGGGUCAGACAGAUCCUUCUGCCCUGGCACAAAAGGAUCAGCUACUUUAUUCUAGGAUAGGCAUCUCAUCAUUCCAGCAGAAAUCACCCAAUCUAAUCAACAAGAUUAAGACAAGAGGGAAAGAUGUGCUUGAACUCAUCGUCUUUCUAGAAUCAUUUGCCUCCAAAGACAAGCAUGCAGCCAUCAAAAUGGUCUUGUAUGUAAGGAACCUGCUUUCUGGAUAAUCGAGAACUUCAAAGCUGGAGGUCCAGUUGCAGUGAAGAACACUUCAGGACACCUGAGACUAUCCGACAAGCGAGGGUGUCCUCCUGAGGAGGGCACAGUAUCAGAUUUCCACAACAGCAGAGCUUCCCCAAAUCUUGUCAAAAAUGCGUGCAUCUGCUUCUCACACCCACUUAAGGACAAUGAUGAGACAAGAAGCUAUUUGUGAGCCUUAGAAAAAACAUCAAGUACAGACAGAAACUGCAAGAAGAGAUAAGCUGUCCCAGGAGCCCCGUGAUGGGUCAACAAUCAAGAAUCCCGGUACAGACCAUGUGUGGGGUGGCUUACAGGUGGGUUCAAGAACACUGCCACCAAUAAGAAGUUGGAUGAAAACGUCCUGCAGUGAACUGCUUCCAACGAUCCAGGAACAAUCAGCAUGAUGGAGCAGCGCACCACAAGGCAAAACAUGAUGAAGUGGCCUACAGACCAGAACACUAAACGUUUUUCAACCCAAAGGAGGACCCGUUGUUCUCAUGGAGGACAGGAGACCGUCAGUCAGGAUUUGACUCUUGAGCAUUAUGGAACAUUUGUGUGACAGCAACAACGAAAGGGCCACUGCUGUACUUGUUCUUUUCAUGGAACACUUUCUUUUACAAUCUUCUCUACAUAGAAGAGUUUCAAGAUGUUUACACACACACAUACACCAAAUUCACUACUCAAACAAUAUAGGGAACACUUAAACAACACAGUGUAACUCCAAGUCAGUCCCACUUGUGUGAAAUCAAACUGUCCACUUAAGAAGCAACACUGACUGACCAUCAGUUUCACCUGCUGUAGUGCAGAUGGAAUAAACACCAGGUGGAAACUAGAGGCGGUUAGCAAGACCCCCCAAUAAAGGACCACUUCUCAGUUCCUCUGCUUUCUGGAUGGUGUUUUGGUCCCUACUGAAUGCUGGCGGUGCUUUCACUCUAGUGGUAGCAUGAGACGAAGUCUCCAACCCACACAAGUGGCUCAGGUAGUGCAGCUCAUCCAGGAUGGCACAUCAAUGAGAGCUGUGGCAAGAAGGUUUGCUGUCUGUCAGUGUCCAGAUCAUGGAGGUGCUACCAGGAGACGAUGCUAGACCUCA